UCCUUUUUCUUCUCCUUUUUCCAAGAUGAAGUUCCUACAUAUUUUAGUUCUAUGUGGGAACAAAAGCACGAAACAAACAAUGACUGCAAAAGUAACUAUUCUAGCAUUCAUAAUCUUACUUGUAUUUUGUGUCACCAAAUUCCGGUCUUAUUCUUUGUUCAAUUACUCUCCACUGUUGAAGAUCAAUAAACAUAAUAAGCUUCCAUCUUUUGCUUUUCAUGAUGUGAAGGAGCCAGAAAUCUUGCCCUCAACAUCUGUGAAGAAGAAGUGUGACAUUUUCAGUGGGGAAUGGGUGCCAAAUCCAGAGGCACCAUAUUACACAAACACAACAUGUUGGGCAAUUCAUGAGCACCAAAAUUGCAUGAAGUAUGGGAGGCCUGACACUGAGUUCAUGAAGUGGAGGUGGAAGCCUAAUGAGUGUGAACUUCCCAUCUUCAACCCCUUUCAGUUCCUAGAAAUUGUGAGGGGGAAAUCUAUGGCUUUUGUUGGAGACUCCUUGAGCAGAAAUCACAUGCAGUCAAUGAUUUGCCUCCUAUCAAGGGUGGAGUGGCCCGUUGAUGUAUCCUACAUGAAUGACUUUUCCUUCAAACAAUGGAAGUACUCAAGCUACAACUUCACUAUGGCUAACUUUUGGACACCUCACCUGGUUAGAGCUAAAAAAGCAGAUUCAAAUAGUGUCCUCUUCAAUGUUUACCUUGAUGAGUUUGAUGAAAAAUGGACAAGUCAAAUUAAAGAGUUUGACUAUGUCAUUAUCAAUGGAGGACAGUGGUUCUUGGGGCCCAUGGUUUUUUAUGAGAAACAAAAAGUUGUUGGAUGUCAAUAUUGUGACUUAGAAAAUGUCACUCACUUAAACUUGCACUAUGGCUAUAGAAAGACUUUUAGAACUGUAUUUAAAGCCAUCAAUAGUUUAGAAAAUUUUAAGGGUAUCAUAUUUCUAAGAACAUUUUCUCCAUCUCAUUUUGAAAAUGGGUUGUGGAAUAAAGGUGGAAAUUGUACGAGAAUUAUACCAUUUAGGAGUAAAGAAACUAAGUUAGAGGGUCAUGACUUAGAGUUACACAAGAUUCAAUUAGAGGAGUUUAAAAUUGCCAAGAAGAAAGGCAUAAAUAAAGGAUUGAAGCUUAUGUUGUUUGACAUCACACAAGCAAUGUUAUUAAGACCGGAUGGUCAUCCAAAUAGAUAUGGACAUUGGUCAGGCCAGAACAUGACAUUAUAUAAUGAUUGUGUUCAUUGGUGUUUGCCAGGCCCAAUAGACACGUGGAGUGAUUUUCUAUUAGAAAUGCUAAAAAUGAAAGUGUGAAAUUUAUGGGUUACAAGAAAAAAAGACUUCAUUUAUAGGAAAAUUAAUAGAUAUAUUUACA